AAACCACGGCGAUGGAUAGGUGCCUCUAAUUAGGAGGAUACCUCUACUUAAGAGACUGGUCCGUAAUCAGAUCAACGAUUUCCGGUAGCAAAAAAACGUUGUGAUUACAAGUGUUUCGAAAAUCGAAAACCGUUGCUAAAUAUGCACAUGUGUCCAAAGUGAGAUAGUUUUGCGUGAAUUUUUGAAAUUUGAAUCAUUGAAAUUGGUUGAGAUGAAAAAGAUCAUAUCUACCGUUAUAUGAAGUGUCAGUAUGAAACGAUUGGUGAAAAUGUUAAUAGAGUAGCCGUUGCUUGCCGAAAAUCAAUAAUAGCACAACAACAGUGCAAAACAAUGUUUCUUCACAAGAAAAGUCAAUCUGUUUCAUUCGAGUGCAUGAUAUAAAUUGGGUGAAACUCAUAGUGUUCUAUGACUCAUUCAUAUGAUAAUGGCCUACUUGAAAUAGCAGUAUGUAGUUUUUCACGAUUAGGCAACGGUUCUGAUUUAUUCCUGGUUAGUAAUGUUCGGAUUUCGUCAACCCGUGAUACGAUAAGACUGAAUUGGCGCAUCGUUUACUUAUAUUGUUGAUAGUGAUAUAUUUUUUUUCGGCCCUCAUCGACACAGGCUGAUAACGAGAGGUACGGGGCACUGUUUAGACGUAAAAAAACUACGAUUGAAGCGAUAAAAAGUGAAAAAAACAGCGGCAAUUUUAAUUAGAAACGUGUCACAGCGAAGUAAACAACACAAAAAGAGAGUGUACCAAGCGAAAGAUAGAUAGAAAAAAAUGCAACACUUGUCCAUCCUGACAGCUGGCUGGAGCUACAUUCCAGCCGGGCUAACAUUUGGUUAUCUGCUGAUGCUUCCGAGCUUCGAUAUGUACCUGGAGACCAUGUACUGGCCGUUCAUCGUCGCCAUCAUCACGCUGAUCAUCUCAGUGGCGCUAACUAACGGUCUUAAACUGAACUAUCGCAAGUGUCAGUUUGUGCACCUGUACGUGCAGUUGGUGGCGAUGUUGUUCUAUCUUGCUGCCGGAUUGAUUUUCCUGCUGGUGACCAAUGUCGUUCCCGCUAUUUAUUUGGCCUCGUGCGGUCUUGGACUAACUCUGGUUUCGGGACUAAGUUACAUACACAUCCGUGCACCCGGACGCUUCCGGUCGCUGUAUAUGUCAUUGUGUUACGUUUGGUUCCUAGCCGGAGUUGCAGCAACGGCAACUGUUUUUCUAGUCUCCUUUAAUCUACGACUCGUUGACUACAAAGAGACAGUGCACACCCGCGUGGCAAUCUGCAUGCUGUCCACGUCAUUUUCCGUCAUCAUUCUGGUAGCAAUCAAUGAGAUGUUGCAGCGCGAAGCUAUUGUGGAUUAUAAAAAACCGUUGGAUUUCGAUACGGAUAUCGCACAUGAAAGCGGCAAGCUGAUGAGAAGUCGUUCGGAGAGUACGAAUUUGUACAAUAACUUUACCAAUUCAGCUCCUACACUGACGAACGGUGGUGCCGUGCCCAAGCAAUGGAACUCGUCGACGGAGCGGAUUAUUCUGAGAGAUCAAUCGACGAAGAAAAAUUACCACAAUUUGUGGGUGUUUUAUAUGAUCUUUACCAAGUUUCAGGGCAUCAUCGCAUUCUAUUGGAUCUUUCUACGUUUAGGGAUGGAACACAGUGUUGCGGUUUUCGAUAGCACUAACGCUGGAUAUACGAUUUUUUGGUUUAUGGUUUUAGGUUCUCUGAUUGGAACACUUUCCAUGACAGUUUUGGGGAACAAAAUCAUCUUUCUUGUGGCUUCUAUUUUGCAUACAAUUGGACUGAUAUUGGCGGUAUCGUUCAACUACACUAAUACGGGUAAUAUGCAUGUGGGAAUAUCUAUGAUUGUGUUUUACACUUUCAUUGGGGCGUCGCUGGUAAUUCCAGCGAUUAAUAUUCUGGAACUUUCUCCUUUGAACUUCAACGAAUCAUUCCUGGCGAUUGGCACCAUCAUGGAAUUGAUCGGAAUUGCUUUGAUUCAGUAUUUCGGUGAAACGGAGAGCGCCAUUACGUACAAAACAACGCAAUAUAAUAAGGACAUAAUCGCCGCUCAUUUCAUUACGAUGAUUGUUCUCAGUGUACUUUUGGCAAUAAUCGUUAUAUGGCACAUGCCGGAUACUUACAAAAAAUCUCUUGCCGAAAUUCAUUCCGAUAUGGCCCGGAUGACGUCGUACUUUGCGUUUGUCAGAAUGAUGGAUCCCAUCAUAAAUAACCACCAACCGGUUACUCGAGCCUUUCGAGAGAGCAUUACUUCCGAGCAACCGGAAGUGGACGAGAAGCAGUUGAGUACACGAAAUGGUCAUUUGGCUGUAGUAUCGCAGUAUUCCGAACGUCGUAGCGAUGAAAGUAUGGAACGAAGAAGUCCGUAUAACGAUUUCACCGAUCCACGGUACAAUAGGCGGCCGGUACCGGAACGAGAUUUCACCCCGACACCGGAACGCGACGAUCCUUAUCUUCAGGAGCAGCUGCAACGUCAACACGAACGCAAUUACAUUCUUUCCAGACAGCAACAGAUCCUGCAACGGGCCCGGGAAUCCCCGGAGCACGUUUAUCGACCUGAGAGACAACCAGAAAAUCAUUACCAGCACCGGCCGUACAACGCUCACGUGGACGACUACAAUUCGGAGCGUCCUCGAAGUAGCAAUAGCCAAACAAACCGCCACGGUCCUCCGUUGCUUGCUCGGCAGCAAUACUAUGAACAGUUCAACCAAGAGCGUCCACAACCUCCCUUGCCGAAACCAUCUCCAGUUCAUCACUCACCUGUGCCAUCCAGCCGAGAACUUAAUAACCCAUCGCCGAUGCUGAUUCGUCAUUCGAAGCCUUCACAAACCGUCAAAUCCGAGCCCGGAUUUGUGUCACGCCCUCGGCUCCAGACACAACAAAGUGAAGCUCCCGCCCCGCCGCCUCUACCACCGGCAGAUUACCUUACCAAAUCUCUGCCGCGGAUUAGACCCGAACGCGCGUCACGGGAAACCAUCCAUCCGGUACUGGUUCCGAAACCUAGCAAGCCACCGGUUGAGAUUGUUCCGGGCGUAGAGUACACGAGUAAUCUGCGACCUUCGGAGUUUCUGCGCCAAAGCCGGCAGUCGAUGUUCUUUCGUGAAUCCACCGCCCCACCGGAUGCCAGUUGAAACAGAACGGUGAGUUAGAGCCGGAGCCAUGCUAGGGUAACGUUAUGCUAAAUAAAAACUAGAUGCCAUUGGA